GUUUGCUCACGCAUGGCGCAGCUCCAGAAGUACUUCUCCCUCGACCAGAAGGGGACCAUCAUUGCCGAGUACAUCUGGAUCGACUCAGAAGGCGGCACGAGGUCCAAGUCGAGGACCCUCCCGGAGAAGGACUACAAGCCCGAGGACCUCCCCAUGUGGAACUUUGACGGCUCCUCGACCGGCCAGGCCCCAGGCGACAACUCGGACGUCUACCUCAAGCCUGUCGCCAUCUUCCCCGACCCCAUCCGCCUGGGCAAGAACAUCCUGGUCCUCGCCGAGUGCUGGGACUCCGACGGAACCCCCAACAAGUACAACUACCGCCAUGAGACGGCCAAGCUGAUGGAGGCGCACGCUGCGCACGAGCCUUGGUUCGGCCUGGAACAGGAGUAUACCAUGUUGGAUAUGAAUGAUCGGCCUUAUGGCUGGCCCCAGAACGGCUUCCCGGCGCCGCAGGGCCCGUACUACUGCGGUGUGGGUGCCGGCAAGGUUGUGCAGCGUGAUAUCGUGGAGGCGCACUACCGUGCCUGCUUGUACGCCGGCAUCAAGAUUUCGGGAACCAAUGCUGAGGUGAUGCCCGCUCAAUGGGAGUUCCAGGUUGGACCUUGCGUCGGCAUCGAGAUGGGCGACCAACUCUGGAUGGCUCGGUUCCUCCUGCACCGCAUUGCCGAGGACUUCGGCGUCAAGGUCUCGGUCCACCCCAAGCCGAUCCCCGGCGACUGGAACGGCGCUGGCCUGCACUCCAAUUUCUCGACCAAGGAGAUGCGUGAAGAGGGCGGCAUGAAGCACAUCGAGGCGGCCAUCGCCAAGCUCGGCACGCGUCACAAGGAGCACAUUGCCGUCUACGGCGAGGACAACGAGAAGCGCCUGACCGGUCGGCACGAGACGGGUGCUAUCGACCAGUUCAGCUAUGGCGUUGCCAACCGCGGCGCCUCGAUCCGUAUCCCGCGCGAGUGUGCGGCCAAGGGCUACGGCUACUUCGAGGAUCGCCGGCCCGCGUCGAACGCCGACCCUUACCAGAUCACCGGCAUCAUCAUGGAAACGUAGGUGCCUUGACCCAUGGAAACCCAAUUCGCUAAAGCUAAUCGUUGCAGUUGCUUCGGGCCCGUCUAAGCAUUGGAUCGCUUCUGGUUGCAUGGGAUUUCGUUGACUUUGGCUAAGGUCUUUGGGAAGAGGAGUUGUUGGUGUUCGCAUUGAUGAACUGGGAAUACAUGGGAUAUCAACCUAAGAGGGUAUUGCAAAGCUCUUUUCUUGCGACUCUCAAGACCCAGGGUUGCCGACGAGAAGGUCAAGACUACGCCGGCAUGACAGCCCUGGCUGUUUCGGGGGCUAGGCGAGGGCGAUGGCCGGGAAGGAAACAGAGUUACGUCUGAAUACAAUACAGAGUAUCAAACAAUUGGCACCUGGAAGCCUCGCUGUCCGUGUCAUGCCCAAGCUCGAGGAGUCGAGUGUGCCAAGGGUUGUCUUAUCGGUCCAAUUAAGUUCGGGCAAGACUCCCAUUUCGGCUUCCAGAGCUCUA